UCCUUUUCGGAUGUGUUAGACAUAUGUCUAUUCCGUUCAAUGUUUUUUCUUAUAUACAUUUCAUUUGGAAGACCCCCAAUUUCUCCCCGAAAUAAAACACAACAUGGAAUCAAAGAUGGAGUAACUCAAGACUCUAUUUACCUCCAAUUUAAUGGACCGGAUGAUUUCCAAGUCAAACUGUGAUUCCCACAGCUUUGCAGGGGAGGUAGCUGUAUCCAGUGAGGAGGGAGGCGUAUCCAAGGGUGAAUAUGAAGUUUGCCGAACCCUUGGAAAGCCAGAGGCUGUCUUUUCUUUUGGAAAAGGCCACCUCUAGGGAAGCCCUGAUGUGGAAGGUGUACGUGCCCAAAAAGCCAUCUCCCGGCAGUCAGGAUACAGACAUCUCCCCUGCCCAGCGUGAUGAGGCUGUGUGCUGGCUCAUUAACCUCCACAAUGACACCAAGCUAUAUCCAGAGACCCUCUCCCUAGCCAUCAGUAUUUUGGACAGGUUUUUAGGCACUAUAAAGGCCCGUCCAAAGUACCUCCGCUGCAUCGCCAUCGCCUGUUACUUCCUGGCUGCCAAAACCAGCGAAGAGGACGAGCGUGUGCCGUUGCUGCGCGACUUGGCCAGCAGCAGCAGGUGUGGCUGCUCCCCAUCAGAGAUACUGAGAAUGGAGAGGAUCAUUCUGGAUAAACUCAACUGGGACCUGCACGCUGCCACACCGCUGGAGUUUCUACACAUUUUCCAUGUCAUGGUGCUGUCCUGCAAGCCACGGUUCAUGGUGGGUCUGGUGGGGUGUAACCCGGCGCAGCACCUGUCCGUGUUGACCCAGCAGCUGCACUACUGCCUGGCCGACAGCGCCCUGCUACAGCCCCUCUCCCGGGGAUCCAUGCUGGCGCUGGCCCUCAUCACCCUGGAGCUGGAGAAUAUCUGCCCUGACUGGCUGGCUCUCACGAUCAACCUGCUCAGGAAAACACAGAUUGACAGUUCUCAGCUGAUCCGAUGUCGAGAGCUGGUGUCACGUCACCUGUCCACACAGGAAGCUUCCCUGCCUCCCAACACUGUGUACAUCUACCAGUCCCUGCACCACAGUCUGGACCCGGACCCUUGCACCCGGGGAAGAGAGUCCGACACCAGGCUCCCAGACAGAGACCCCCCGGCGCCAUCCACGGCCCCUAGGGACAGGAGCCUCUCCUGGGUCUCCUCUACCACCCUGCUCCAGGUCCAUGGACCACCCAAACCCAGCCACCACUCCCACCAAGUCUCCCUGCGCUGCAAGCACUCAGCCAAGCGCAAGGUGGAGGAGAUGGAGGUCGACGAAUUCUACGAGGGGAUCAAACGACUCUACAACGAAGAGAACGGGGGCGCUCCGGAAGGAACGGCGGUAACGGGGGAGGAGCCUCUAGAGGAGAGUCCUGUCCUAUUGGUCAGGAGGGAGGGCCACACCUCCCCCUGCCCCCCUCUCCAACCCGUCAGUGUCUCAUAGAGAAGAAGAGGAUGAAACCAAGGCCUUCUCUUCCUCUCUACCUGAGCUGCAAGGAAAAUAAGUCUCAGUAUUCAAUGGCAUUUAUCCACCAACCCCAGGCCUCGAUUGAGCCCCAAAAAAAGUCACCAAAAAAAUAUGCUAUUUCAUAA